CCACAAACACAACUCUUCCAUCUUUCAACACAAUCACUCUCACUCUCUUCUUCUUCUUCUUCACACACCACACUCCAACCCUAGUAGAAAUGGAACUGAAUAUGCUUAUUUCAAAAGACACAAACUGGUGGAUUUUCACUCUACCAGCUUUACUGGGAUCCAAAAACCUCCUUGACAUCUCCAUCCUACUCUUUAUCUUCUUCACUCUCCUCUCUCUCACUCUUCUCACCUGGGCCUUCUCAUCCGGUGGCCUGGCCUGGAAAAACGGCCGUAACAAAGCAGGCCCAAUCCCCAUCCCCGGCCCGCGAGGCCUCCCUGUUUUCGGAAGCUUGUUCACUCUAAGCCGCGGCUUAGCUCACCGCUCUCUGGCUUCCAUAGCUUGGAGCUUUUCCCCCCAAGCCGCCGCCACUCAGCUGAUGGCUUUCAGCCUCGGCUCCACUCCUGUCGUUGUAUCAUCGGAUCCUCAUAUCGCUCAUCAAAUCCUGACGUCACCUCACUUUGCUGACCGUCCGAUCAAGCAAUCAGCGAAGAGCCUGAUGUUUGAGCGAGCCAUCGGCUUCGCUCCUAACGGCGCUUACUGGCGUCAGCUGCGCCGCAUAGCUUCCUCUCAUCUGUUUUCGCCGCGCCGAAUAUCGGCUCACGAGCCGGGACGCCGAACAGACUGCGCAGCCAUGGUGAAAAACAUAGCCACUCAACAACGAAACCACGGCCUGGUGACGCUGCGAAAACACUUGCAAGCCGCGGCUCUGAACAAUAUCAUGGGAAGUGUUUUCGGAAAGCGUUAUGAUUUAGACGACUGCGAGCAAGCCAAGGAGCUCAAAGAAAUGGUUGCGGAAGGGUUUGAGCUGCUCGGUGCGUUCAAUUGGUGUGAUUAUUUGCCGUGGUUGAGCUUCUUUUAUGAUCCCUUUCGUAUCGUCGCUCGCUGUGAAGAUCUGGUGCCUCGUGUCCGAAGUUUAGUCCGGGGGAUUAUUCAGCAACAUAGAGAUGCUGAUUCGACGAGCGGUGUCGAUGAUCAUGCUGACUUUGUUCAUGUUCUGCUGUCACUUGAAGGCGAUGAGAAGCUUAACGAAGAUGACAUGGUUGCCGUGCUCUGGGAGAUGAUAUUCAGAGGAACAGACACAACUGCUUUGUUAACUGAGUGGGUGAUGGCCGAGUUGGUGCUUCACCAGGAUGUUCAAGAGAAGCUUUACAAGGAGCUGAGCGAAGCGGCUAGUUUGAGUGAUGCUGACGUGGCGAAGCUACCCUACCUGCAAGCCGUGGUGAAGGAGUCGCUCCGAGUCCACCCGCCCGGUCCACUUCUGUCGUGGGCCAGGCUUUCCACGGCAGACGUCCAGCUCAGCAACGGAAUGGUGAUCCCUGCCAACACAACAGCCAUGGUGAACAUGUGGGCCAUCACACACGACUACCGUGUCUGGUCUGACCCACUUGAGUUCAACCCAGAGAGGUUCUUGGCUCAAGGAGCUGACGUGGACGUCCGAGGUGGCGAUCUGAGGCUCGCACCGUUCGGGGCUGGAAGGAGGGUGUGUCCUGGGAAGAGCCUGGGACUGGUGACUGUGAGCCAGUGGGUGGCUCAGUUGGUGCACAACUUCAAGUGGGUCCAGGACAUGGCGAACCCGGUUGACCUGAGUGAAGUCUUGAAGUUGUCUUGUGAAAUGAAGUGUCCCCUGGCUGCCGUGACUAUUCCCAGAGAUGUCUGAUCAAUUAUGACUAGUAUUUCUAUUGUAACGUUUCGUUUGUGUGCGGUUUGGCUCAAUUUUGUGUUUCUGAGCAAAUGCUAAUAUAUAUACUACUAAUAUAUAUGGUGUAUAAGUGUUAAGUUUUUGACAUGAGACUUAUGAAAUCAUAGGUUUAUAGUAUCGCUGGACUGUAAGAAGGGAGUGUUUUCUUCUUUUUCUUUUUCUUGUUGAGAUUGACGAUGGAUCAAUAUUUUCUUAUGUUCUGCUUUACUCCUUCA